UGUUUGAGCACAUCAAAACUACAAGAUACACACGUAAUUGCGAAUUUUCCACGGAGCAGAGCAGAGAGCUGCUUCUGGGAAGCUUCUCAAAUGUGCAGCGGCGUGCCUUGUGCAAUUGCAAGCAUUGUCUAGGAUGGCUGCGAUCAGCUCACGACCGCCGGCCGUGUUGCAGAUGGAACACUGCAUAGCUGUGCCCAUUGGAAUUGGGGGGUUAGCAGGAAGCACCAGAGUGAGCAAUUCAAGACAUGACCUUCUGGAUGAUGGAUUUGACCCAUCCAAGAAGCUGAAGACCAGACCCACUCAGUAACCCCUUCUUUUGUUUUUUUCAGCUUUGCAUUGCUAUCAGCGUGUUGUGCCCGUUCUCCUGCUCCAGGGGCCCCAACGAGCCCUCUACUUGGAGGGCUCCCAGGGAGCUUGCUGCUGAUUAGCCAACAGGCUGCCUCCUUGCGGUUGGCUCAACUGUAGGCCCAGCUAGCACUGGCACAGCUGUUGGCUGCUGAGCCGUAACGUUUCCAGCCAACUCCAACCCACCUGUUCCCUACAUACCUACAGCACCCUGACUGCUGCUGCCAUCGAUCUCCUUAACCUUCUGAAGAACCAAAACACCAUGUCCCAUCCCCUGUAUAACCCUUUUGCUUCUGGGAACCAAAAUUCCUCCCAGAGGCGGUAUGGACUCUCCAGUUUACCGGCAGAAAGGGACCCUCCGAGGGCAUCUUCCCAUCUUGGACAUGGGUCGAGCCUCAGCUCUACCGGACCCUCCUCUGCUAUUCCUGCUAACUCUCGGGGAACAAUCCCAUCACUGAUGUCUCAGUCAGUGAACUACAGGCCUGAACAGAGUAGGGUCAUAAUGGAUGAGGACAUAGCGAGGUCGAUUAACAUGCAUAUCAACAGUGCCAGAGAGGAGGUGAGGCUUCUCAACAAACCGAUCCAUCAGCCUGUAGAUCAGGGCACUCGUUUUACCGCCACGCAAAGAGAUGAGUUUCGCCCCUCAGGCAGACAGAUGGCGUCUUACCCAAUGUCCUCAGCCUCUGCCCCUGAAGGACAUAGACGCUUGGACGAGGAAAGUAGCUCCUUGGACUGGUUGUCAAACUACAAAAGGACCACUGCUGAUGACUCUAAAUUUUAUUCAUCAUCUCAUUCUUCAAACUAUGCAAGUGGUGAUGACGGUAGGUUUAAUGCCCCCAGUGAAAGAGACCAUGAAAUGCAGUCAUUUCCAGGCUUGCAUGAUUAUGACUGUACAGUGCCAGACAGACCUGCAUCCUCUACAGAGUCCAGUCGACCCAAGUACACCUCUGAAUCAGCUGCAAACAUCCUUCUGCACUUUGGACUUGAGAAAGAGGACUUGGAACAUCUCAUCUCCUUCCCUGAAGACCAGAUCACUCCUGCUAACUUGCCAUUCAUCUUACGCCAAGUCUGCGUUCAGAAGGCCAAGGGGGCUACAACAGCAGUGCCGCUAAACCCCUACCAUGAACCCCAACCCACCAGAAACCGGGGUGGAAUGGACAGUCACAGUUUGAGUACUUCUGGAGAGGCAGAUAUGUGCCAGGAAGAAAUGUCAUCGGUUGUUCGCCCAAGUAAAGUGAUUGACUAUGGACAUACUGGCAAAUAUACUGGACGGGUUGGGGAUGAGAUUGAAAGGACCAGUGGCAGUAGAGCUGACAGUGGUGGGGGUGGAAGUAUGUUGCUGAUGGACACUUACGAUAGUAGCAGACACAGCCGACAACUGCAGCAAAAAAAUACAACAGAGGUAAAAAGCAGUGCCUUGGGUUCUUCACGUGAGCAGGCAAGUUCUGUUUCCAGUCUCAGCUCUUCGUACAGUUCAGCGCUGAACAGUGUGGUUCCCCCAACCCGUGAUCAGACCAAGCGAUUACAGACCCAACCAAACCAGACUUUUCAAACCAUCCUCAGCUCUUUCUCACUGCCAAAGAAAGACACAGACAUCAGAGUUGUCAAGUCUGAAGCCUCUAAACCUGUACCUUUGAAAGAACCAGAGGCAGCUCGCCAGUCAACGUUGAAAACCCAUUGGGAUGAAGUGCAUCCCAACCGACCUGACCUUGUGCGUAUUGGCAGUAAUAGGACCAGUGGCAAAAAGGAUCAGCGCAAACCUCGAGGUCAAGGGUCAAUGGGUGCUAAGCGGAUGAAAAAGCAGCAGCCGAUCCAGAAGCAGCAACAGAUGCAGCAGCAGACCCGGAAGCAGCCCAAGAAUCGGAGGCAACAACAAUCAAAGCAGCAGACCCAGCAGACGCCGAACCAGACAGUUUCACAGACAGGGCAAUCAAUUUCGCCUGCGUUUUUUUCUGCCGCAAAAUCUGUUCCCCCUGCUCCUUUUCUCUCCAGCGUCGCCGGUGCCUCACUGGCCAUGCAACAACCGCUGUUUAUUCGCGGUGAUCCUCGCCCCGUCGGUGUUCCUCCAGCUCGGCACCAGCCAAUCCCGAGCCUGAUGAACUUCCACAGUUUGACGGUGCCGACUUCCAAAAGGCAGCCUCAAGCAACAGUGGCAGUCUCCAAGGGUCUGCCAACGGCUGCCAUGAUGCAUGACUAUGCAGCGGCCUCGCCGAGAAUCUUUCCACAUACCUGUUCUCUGUGUAACAAAGAAUGUACUCAAAUGAAGGAUUGGCUCUCCCACCAGAACACCAGCCUUCACCUUGACAACUGCAAACUCCUGCGAACACGACACCCAGAGUGGGAUGGUGAGAUACCACAUGGGCCCAGCGCUGCAGUUACAGAUGCCUCUUCCUCCGCCUCCACAAAGACUUCCCAACAUCGCCACCAGAGAACCAGGCAUGGAAGCCGCUCCAGCUCCCGCUCGCCCAGCCCCUGCCGCCACCGUAGCCCGGAGGGUAGAAGAAAGAAACGCAGGAGCCGAUCGCGGUCACCACACAGCUCCAGAUACACUCGCAGGUCCAGGUCUCGCUCUCGCUCCCCACGUUAUGACCGCCCGACCUCCUCCCGCUAUCAGUCUCUUUCAACGAGCCCUGAGAGACGAUCAUCACCGAGGAGGAGAGACGACAAACGGUCCUCACCAAGGAGAACUAACGAGAGACGGUCAUCUCCGAGGAGGAGCCGCGAGAGAAGAUCUUCUCCGAGGAGGAGCCAUGAGGGGCGAUCGUCCACAGAAAGGUCAUCCCCUCAACAGAAGAAGUCGAGCAGUGCGGAGAGACUGGCUAAGAAACUCCUAAAAACAUCAGCUGUCCAGUCUCUGUCGAAACAGUCUGACCUGGAGGCCGUGGUUAAAACUCUGGCUCCUGCCUUGCUGGCCGAGCUGGCCAAGAUGAAGUCCUCCUCCUCCUCUGCAGCAAAGGAAUCAACUUCAAAGCCCUCGAAAGGAAAGCCCAGCCUCCAGAAGAGUGAGGCAAGUUUUUCCACAAAGAAUAAGUCUGGUAAAACUGCACCUCCAACCAUGGUGCGACUAGCAGGGAUCCAGAGCUGUCUCUCUCACGGCGAUGUGACCGCUGCUGUGGAGCACUUUGGAAAAACCAAGUCGGUUGUACUGUUUCGGUCCAGACUGCAGGCAGUCGUGUGUUUCGAGAAAGAGGAAGACGCUCAGAAACUGAAGAGCAUAAAGAGCCUCCACGCAAAAGGAAUAGAGAUCAGUGUCGUCAGAGAAAAGGAGACUGUUUCUAAGGAGCAAGAGAAGCCUCCUAAGAAAAAACCUGCCACAUCCAGUGUCUCCACACCUCAGAGCUCUGAAUCCAAAACCACCACUAGCACUGAAAAGGUUCUUCCCCCUACAGCUAGCAGGCCUCAGCUUAAAGGGCCUUCACCCUCUGAAGCUAAAAAAGCUACGACAGGCAAACUUACCAGUCAGAAAGUUGCAGCUAAAGGCUCAGUUAAAGGCCUAAUGACUGUGGCUAAAUCAAAAGUGUUGGUUUCCAAAGCCAAAAGCAUCUCAACCAAGCAGAUAGCUAAAGCAGUAAAAACAGAAAAGUUGCCUGCGAAGGGAGGUGUGAAAAAAGCUGCAGUAAAGAAAAAAUUGUCCUCAGGAUCCAAGUCCACAGCUCCAGAACAUCAGCCUGAAGCUGAUGACUCUGAACAAAAACCUGUACCUGGAAAAACCAGUGUGAAAGAAUCCGUGGAGGCGCAGAAAGAGACAGCCGAAGGUGAUGAAGCAGCAAAUGUGAAAUCUUUUGAACCUCAGCAUCAAGUAAAUGUUGCCACGGGCAGUGAUGCUGGAGGUGCUGAACCAAUGGAGCUUGGGGAAACAGGAGCUGCAGAGGCUGUACCAGAAAGUUCAGCAGACAAACCCAGUGAGAGUCCACCACCAACCAGUUCAGAGGAGACCCGGCCAACAGAAGCCUCUGUCAGAGCUUCACCUCACGUCCAGCAAAGCACCCUGUCAGAACCAGAGUCCACUGCACAAGGACCAGAGACCAAGACAGAUGCUUCACAAAUGCAACAGCCAGCUGCUGUGGAGGCAAAGCUGCCAGAUGGAGGUGUGGAGACAAGAACAGUGAAAGAAGAUCCUGAAGCUGCAGUGAAGACAGAAACAGAUGAACCAUCAGCAAACGAGCCGACAGCUGCAGCAGCGUCCACGCCGUCUUUGACUGUCGGGGAGAUGGUAGAAAAACACCUGCAUCAAAACAGGAUAGCUUGCCUCAAUAUCAGAACUUGCUUCUCACCAAAAUUUUUUGGACUUGAUAAGAAGCUGUUGUUCAUAAACGGACUGCCGAGGUAUGACGACGGCUGCUACACAGAGGACGAUGUUGCCAACCUGCUCAUACCGUUUGGAUUUAAAUACACAGAUGAGAGCCUCUAUGUUGUUCCUCAGACAUGCAUGGCCUUCGCCCGGAUGCCGUCAGUGGAGAAGAUGCACAGCGUCGUCUCCGUAAAGAAAGGCAUUGUUUUCAAAGGGUCUAAAAUCCGUGUCCACGUGGUGGCCAGCGGUAUUACAAUGACACCGUUUGGGUUUUAUAAAUCACUGAUGAAGCUGAUGAAGUCUCCUGUGCUUGAUGAUGGAACAAGAACGUUCUUCAUCAAGAACAUUUCACCGAGUGAGAUCAGGGACCUCAGAGAGGCUUUGAAAAAGAUCGAUUUUGUCAGGAACUACCUGCCUCUCCUCAACAAGGUCUUUGUAGAGUUCGAGUCUGUCCGCGAUGCUGAUCGGCUCGGAGUUUGGUACAGUCUCCUGAAACAAGCUCCUGGAUGUGAAGUCCACAGGCUGAACAUACCAUACAGCACGUGUACAUCAUUACCACCAAGACUGCCUGCGUACGCUCUGCCAGACAGUAAGGAUGCUGUUGCCGGGGCGACUAUCCCAUCAGUAGAAUUUGGCGUGCCACAGGGAAGCAUUUCACCAUUUUGGGUCACGAUGAGAAAAAGUCCCUUCCUGUUCCCGACUGUUUCUCCUUGGUUCAUCAUCCCAGAUUACCUGACAGUCAGAGGAAAGGACAACAUACAGGAGGCCGGUCGUCGUGGUUCCAUGUUUUCCACGAUCAUGUUGACCGGUUUGCCAGAGGGAAACUACGAGCAUGAGGACGUGGCCAGGCUGGUCUGGAAGUAUUUCCCCAAACAGAGCCUCCACUCCCUGUUCUACAGCGUGGUGGUCUUACCGCUGCAGAGGAGGGCCUUUGUGUUUUUUGCCAAUUGGACUUCGUGCUGCAAUUUUGUUCAAGAUCACAUCAAAAAGCCGCUUUUUGUCAAAGCCUCCAAGCUCAGUGUCCACUUCGUCUUGCAAGCCAUGAAUCCUGGAUCCAGUGAGGAGGUGAUGUACAGAAGUCUGAUGAAGUGGAGCAACGCUGGAGUUCCAGAGUCAGAGUCUCUGGAGGAGCGUUUGCUGUGUGUGGAGAUCUCUGAGGCGUCUGUAAACGUGAUCAGGAUGGUCAUGGAAGCGGUGGCCUCCAUCGCAACCUUUGUCAGCUUCCUGCCGCUCGCCAACAGGAUAUGUGUUGAGAUGGCUGACUCCAGCGGUGUGACGCAGGUGGUGGAGAAAUACAACACUUUCACUCCGGACUCUCAUAAAAAGCGUGAAACUUGGAGUAAAGUUCAGCGUUUUGAGACCCUGAAGAACCUAAAACAGCGUCUGCAAGAAGCUAGCGAGAUCACAAUAAACUUUGAACCAAACGCCAUCGAUGUUGAAGCCAAGCCCCCAGUUGUGAGGUCUCAGCCCCAGCCCCUUCCCUCUGAACUUUCUGAUAAUGGGUCACAACCUGGUCUGCAAACCAGUGGCCCUGGUGGGUCCACCAUGUCUGAGUCCAUCACAGCAGGACCAAGUGCUGCCGCCUUAAGCGAUGUAUCAAUGGAGGAGGACCAUGAGAAAUCAGGAACUGAGAUUGUCAUGGGCUCCGCUGUUGGUCCUGAACCAAAUGACGACGUAGAGGGAUCACGAACAACUUUGAUCUCUGCGGCUGAUCUGACCUCUGCAGUCAGCAGUAGAAAGACAGUCCCUGCUGCUUCCAGCCCUGCCCCCUCAGCCACGGCAUUCAUGCCGAAAGAAGACUUUGCAGAACUUCCUCAGAUGGACACAGAAACUUUAAAGGUGCUCACGGCAGCAGUUCGCCAGCACAGACUCUCCCAAACGAGCAAGUCCCACAGUGAGAGGGAGGGUCUGGAUGAUUUUACAGAUGACACUUUGCCUUCAGACACGGAUCUGUUUGAUGAGCAAAAUUUCAACAUGGAUGACUUUGUCACUGUCGAUGAAGUUGGUGAGGAUGUGGAAGACACAAGAUCCAGGCCUGAACGCUCCUCCUCAUCCUCCUCCAGAGCGAGACGAGAGAGGCAAAGCUCACAUGUGUCGUCUGGUAGCAAAGAGACGUCGAAGAGGUCUUCAAAAGAUUCCAAGAGUGCAGCAUCCUCCUCAUCGUCGUCAUCCAAGUUGACUAAAAGUUCAAGCUCUUCUAACUCAAGCUCCGUAAAAAAGACAAAGUCCGAGGGCACAUCUGAGCCCAGCAAAUUGCCUACCAAACCCUCGUCCUCUGCCAAGCCCUCCUCCUCUUCUCCACCAUCUACUAAAGCCACUUCCCUCCCUGGUCAGAAAACACAAGAGAGCAAGACAAAAUCUCCAUCCAAAGCAUCACGUUCCACAUCCUCUGGUUGUAGUACCCUCUCAUCAUCCACUACACGUGAAAGAGAAAAGAUAACGUCAGCAGCGACUGUCGAGGCAUCAGUAGAGACUCAUCUGAAGCCACUUAAAGAAGAAGCAAAAGCCACAGAGGGCGCAGUGACACGGUCUGACCACAGAGUGUCAGCAGAGGGCAUUGCUGCAAAGACUGUUGAGCCUGAGAUAAAAGUAGAAACAUCAUCAGAGAUGCAUCCACCUCCACAAGGACAUGGAGUAGAGUUGAGCCAAGGCCAGAAUCUGGAGAUUGAUUGUAACGUCAACACACUCAAAGACCGGAAGAAAAGCAAAGAGGAAAUAAAAGAAGAGGAUGUUGACAAACACACAGAGGAGCAGGAGGAUGACGGUGAAAACUACCAAAUCCUCGACUCACUUGAUGAUCAAACAGAUGAACAGAUGGAGGAUGGGGACCAAGAGGGCAGCUCUGAAACCCAGCAAACUGGACCUGAACGAGGUCAGACUUUGCAUGAGGAAAGCUAUGAGGACUUGGACAGUGCCGACAACAAAGGCCACGCCCGCCCUGAGAAGUACAGUGAGAUGGAAAUGGAUGGCUCUUUCCAAGUGUUAGACAGUGUUACUGAAAACAAAGAAGCUUCGAGUCAAGAGGACAUUCGCAUGGUCCAAGAUGACGGUUCCCCAGCAAAGCAGGUGUCUGACGAAGGUGCAGCUCCAGUAGAUGACAAAUCUAAUGAUAAAAUUGCAAUUAAAGAUGCAGUGGAUAAAGAUCAAGAGACAAAUGACAAAGAUCAUUUCCAAGUGUUAGAUACAGGUAGCAAACAAGCUCCAAGGGUCAAGGGAGAUAGGAAAAAGACAAAUCAAAAAGAAGAAGAGGUCGAAGGGAAAAUACUUGCAGUCGAAUCCUGCAAAGCCUCCAAAGAUGUGGAAGCUGCUGAUGUCCGAGUCCCUAAUGAAGACCAGCCUCAGAAAAGGACCAAGAAAGAGGAGGCGACUGCCAGAAAAGUACCAACAAAGAGGAGUGGGCCCACAACCACAUCAUCCAAGAAACAAGACAGGACGGUUAAAAAAUACGAGACACGGAAGAAGAUGGACACCACUGCCUCUCAAAAAGACAAAGACAGCGAAGAGGCCACUGAGGAGACGGUGUACCAGAUAGUAGAUUCUGUUGGAGACGAACCGGUUCAAGAUACUACCAGCACAGAAAGGUCUGGUAGAAGAAGGAGUGCAAGAGGAAAGAAAGAGGAUGAAAUCGAGGACGAGACCACAGAUGAUGAUCCAACAGUCCCGACAAAAUCUACCAGAGGAAAAAGGGAAAGAACAAGUAAGAAAGAUGCUUUGAUUGAGGAAACAGUAAAAGAGGACACGCCAACAAGAAGGAGGCAGACUCCUGCCAGAGAGGCACAGGAAGGAAACAGGGAAAAAACAGGGAAGAAAGAGGAGAAAGCCCCUUCAAAACACAGCACACCAACAAAGAAGAGUGACGGUGUUGUAAGACAGGAGGCUGCUACCAAUGAAAUGUUUGACUCUGUGGAGGACGAGGUUGUUAAGGAUGAUCGACCCACUGCAGGACGAAAAAGGGGAAGACCAAAGAAAGAGGUUAAAACAACUAAAAAAGACAUCGGGACAUUAAAGAAGGACAACAAAGAGGCAUAUGAAACGGUAGGCGAUGAAGAAGAGGUGACAUAUCAGAUCCUUGACUCUGUGGAGGACAAGACAAUUGAGGAUCAGCCCUCCUCGCGACAGUCUGAGAGUUCAAGAAGAGAAGACAUUUCUAAAAACGAUGAGGAGCAAACCAAGAACAGCGCAUCUCUCUCAGGAUCGACCAAAAAUGAGGAGGAGGAGGACGAGCCCAUGUAUCAGAUCGUAGAUUCUCUGGAAGACGAUCAAGACGAGCUGACGGCCACAGAGACGUCCGAUGGAGGGGGGAAGGAAAAACGUCACGAAACUCCCACAAAAGAAGAGGCUGAGAAAGGAGGCACACCAACACCUGAUACCACAGAUGUGGAACCAUCCGAAACAGUGACCAUCAAGGAGGAGAGUCUGUAUCAGAGAGUCGAUGAUUUGGUGGAAGUACAUGAUGAUCCAUCUGCUGCAGAAGAGUCUGGUACCAGAAGUAAGGAGAGGACAUCCAAAACAGACAUUCAGAAAGAGGAUGAAUCAACAAGCAAGUCCCAAAGAGACGCUGUGACAACAGAAGAGGAAAAGAAAGAAAAAUCCCCUGAGAAAAACGACACAACGAGCACUCUGGUGAACCUGGACCAAGUGAGCGAGGAGGAGGAGGAUUACCCUGACGACACGGCAGAGGAGGAAGAACUGAGGAAGAGGCAAGCCGCCACAAACAAGAAGCAGUUUGCCGAAGAACAGGAAGCAAGGAGGACCGGAGAAGGAGAAGAGAGGGAGAGGAAGCAAAGUAGCCGGAGCAGCAGCAGUAGAGGAGGCGACAGUGGAGGAACGAGGAAGGAGAGCGGGAGGGAAAAUGAGGAGGUGGUGGAGGUCGACACCACGGAGCUGCUGACUCUGGAUGAGGUGGGUGCAGAUGAAGCCAGAGAGGAAGGAGUGCAGGAGAGCCAAGGGUGGGGUGGAGAGAUCACAGAGGGAGAGCUGGAGACGCUCGUCACUCUGGACGAGUUCGUAGAAAAAGAAGAGGACAGAAAGGCUCAGCAAGACGCACAGGAGACCCGCCCACUCAGCCGGGAGGACCAAUCAGUGGACUCCUUAAACCCAAAGACUUCAGACAAAGCAGCCGGUGAUGAGGAAGAGAAGCCGGACGAAGAGCAAGCUGAGAAAACAUCGAGAUCUGUCAAACGCAAACACGAUGAGGACACAGAGGAAAGUGUGAACUUUGUGACGGUAGACGAGGUGGGAGAGGAGGAGGAAAAGGAAGCGGGAACAACCAGGAUAAGAGGCCGACCCAAGAAGAGAACCAGACCGACCCCUGUGAGGAAAUCUACCAGAGGGAAAAAAGUGAGCACAAACGGCGAAACAGAAGAAGAAAAGGAACCAGCUGACGUACUGCCUCCCGCAUCACUCGACGCCUCGUCGUCACCGGACAAAGAUUCGUCCACGCCGUCAAGUGACGGCCACCUGGAGACCCAGAAGAAGGAGGCGGAGGUGGAAGCGGCGAGCCGAGCCGGCGUCGAUGCCGCCUCCGCUGAGCGGGAGCUGCGGCCGGAGACCCCUGACAACCAGACACUAGACGGAUGUGUGGAGGAAGGAGAGGAGGAGAAGGAAGGAUGGAGCAGGACGGACACUAAAGCUGUGAGUAAACAGAGGAGGGAGCUUGUCGGACCUGAGGCAAAGAGAUCUCGUUCUCAGUCUCCCUGUGUCGCCGCUGACUUCAAACUGCCCCCAUUCAAACCCAACACCCCCCUCGGUCAGGAGUUUGUCGUCCCCAGAUCAGGAUAUUUCUGCAACCUCUGCUCUGUUUUCUACCUGAACGAGAGCAACGCCAAGGAGCUCCACUGCAGCAGCCGGAGACACUACGAGAGCCUGCAGAAACAUUGCCAGAAGCUUCAACAGAAACCAGCAACAAGUUCUCAUGACUCCGUUUCUGAUUGAUCCCGACUUCAUCUUAUGAUUUAUAUAUUUAUUGAUUUAAUUAUUUUCUUAAAAACAUGAAAAUGAAAAUGCUGGACAAGUGAAACUUGUGCAGCUCCACAAACCACUGCAGAGAGAAGUUAUGUUGGUCAUCGUGGCUAAUUCCUGUCUUGCACCUUGUUUCAUGUAAAUAUCAGUUAUGCAUCUACAGUAAUAACUAAUAAAUGCUUUAGAAUGAA